ACUUUGCUUGACAAAAAGGAAAGAGAUCAGAUGGCUAAAUUAGGCGUGGUAGUGGUUAUCUUCUCCCUAGUGGCAGCUAUAUUCCCUCGUGCUCAAAGCUUGAAGGUAGAGAGCUGGGCCACAAGGCUCGAGUCCCGAAAGGAGACAGUGACAAACCUCCAAUUCUACUUCCAUGACACGGUCAGUGGCAAGAAUCCCAGCGCUGUUAGGGUGGCUCAAGCUACAGAUACAGAGAAAUCUCCGACUCUUUUCGGCCUUGUCCUGAUGGCAGAUGAUCCCUUGACCGAGACACCCAAUCCAAAUUCAAAGCUCGUGGGCAGGGCUCAAGGACUAUACGGGUCAGCAGGACAGCAGGAACUGGCUCUCAUCAUGGCCAUGAAUUUUGGAUUCACAGAUGGCAUCUACAAUGGCAGUUGUAUUAGCCUCCUUGGCAGAAACACAGGUUUGCACCUUCGAGAGAUGCCAAUCGUCGGUGGAACCGGGCUUUUCCGGUUGGCACGUGGGUAUGCCAUUGCUCAGACACAUUGGUUUGACCCCACGACAGGUGAUGCUAUUGUAGGGUAUAAUGUGACAGUUGUUCACUAGUGUGUAUAAUAUGCUGUCCUUCGAUUUGAUUACAAUGUUUUCUAUUGGUACAAGUUC